AUGUCAAACUUUGCACAGGAAUUUGAAGAUGAUGAUCAGUUCCAAUGCACCAUCAUAUCCCAGUCUUCUAAUGGCAGUCCUAAUCCUACUGAAAACGACCCAGAUGCUGAGGUUGUAGCGCUCUCGCCAAGGACUUUAAUGGCUACAAAUAGGUACAUUUGUGAGGUUUGUCAUAAAGGAUUCCAGAGAGAUCAGAAUCUUCAGCUCCACAGGAGAGGACACAACUUGCCCUGGAAACUCAAGCAAAGGCCAAACACACAGGUUAAGAAGAGAGUGUAUGUCUGCCCUGAGCCAACUUGUGUGCAUCAUGACCCAAGCCGAGCUCUAGGUGACUUAACAGGCAUAAAGAAGCACUUCUGCAGAAAGCAUGGAGAAAAGAAAUGGAAAUGUGACAAGUGCUCAAAGCGUUAUGCAGUUCAAUCAGACUGGAAGGCGCACACAAAGAUUUGCGGCACCAGAGAGUAUCGAUGUGAUUCUGGUACAAUUUUCUCAAGAAAAGAUAGCUUUGUCACGCAUAGAGCCUUCUGUGAUGCAUUGGCGGAGGAGAAUUACAAAGCAAACCGGAAUCUUGGUGCCACAGAAGGAAUGCUGCAGAGCCAAGCGCAAGAGCUGUUCACUUCAGCAAUGCCCAGCUCUGAUUCCUGCUCAAAGAAAAGCUCCAUGAUGAAUCUGACAAUUUCUGAUGAGAACAUCGACAGUUCACUGAGGCCAUUAUCUUUGAACUCAGCCGGGAUAAUGGUGUCAAGUUAUUUAAAUCCAACAACUUCACUGGCAUGUUUUAGCUCUGCAGAUCGAUCAAAUGUUUCUCCUAUGGCAAUUGGCUGUGCUUGUACUUCUGCAAGAGCCCUGUUACAGAAAGCUGCAGAAAUGGGUACCAAGAUCAGCGAUAAUUCGAUCGCUCCAAUUCUCCUUAGAGGAUUUGCCGGAUAUUCUGCUAGCAGCAUGAACUCAUCUGGGUCAGCCCAGGAAGGUUCUUCGUUAGUUGGUAGCAAUAUGGGAACAACUGCUGCGAACACGAAUAGCUUAUGUGUGGGAGACACAGAAACAUUUGAUAAGAGCUCGGAUCCAAGUUAUUCAAGAAAUGUUUAUACCAUUUCUGAAAAUGGAUUAUUUGAGUCUGCUUUCAAUAUGCGCUCAGCAAAUGGAAAUGCUUCUAACAGCCUCGUAAAAGAAGCCCACAUGGGGGGAGGCGAAAAAAUGACUCUUAAUUUCCUAGGGGUGGAACCAACUGGGCAUACAACUAUGGGGAAGAAACGAAGCUAUGAAGGCAACAUUAUGGGGUUAGGAUACUCAAAUGUUCAUCAAAACUUGAACAAUUUGCAUUCCGAUUGGUACACUAGGAUAGAAUUAGCACAAACAUGUGCCGUGCUCCCACAUUCUCACCUCUCUUAG